AUGGCCGAGACUGUGCUACAGCGUCUCAACGCGACCAACUCCAAAGCCGUCUUUAUCUACGUGACGGCGGGCGACGCCAACGAGACCAACGGCUGGUGGGAAGCGCGCGAGACGGGCACGUUGGCCGCAUCCAAAGCCUGGGUCGAGGCGCUCGGGCUCUUUAACUCGCGCAUUCGCACCGAAACCAUCUUCCUGUCGCAGCACAGCGUGCACAAGGCGACGAUCGGCAACGCCGUGCACUACUUCUUACGGCUCACCGAGGCCGCGGUCGAGGCCUUCAUGGCCCACAAGAAGAUACCUGCUGUGCCGCCCGUCGACCGUCCGAGCGAGCGCUACCGCAGCCUCGACGACAUCAAGGACGUCGUGCACGCCAUCAUGCAUCGCGAGAGCAAUCGCAUGCCGACCGUGACAGUCGCGACGCACGAAUUCCAGGGGUUUGCAGCCGACGACAUUGGCGUCGACCACGUGCUGCACGAACGCACGGGCGAAAUGGUGGACGAGAUUGUGGCCACGUCGCGCGACUUUAGCCAGUGCGUCUCGCGGACGUUUUACUAUGGCUACCAGCGCUGGCUGCACCCAAGAAACAUGUCGCCGGUCGCCAUGCGCCUCCAGCGCCACGCCGCGUCGAGUGAUAUGUUUGACGAGCACAAGAUUUUCUACCCUGUUUGGCUCGACCACGCGCAGCACCUCGGCCGAGAGUACGUCUCCCGCACCAUCUCCGUCGACGGCAAGUGCUCCGUCAACUUUUAG